UUUUUCAAUAAAAGCCUUUUGCAGUUAUUUGCCAAUUAGUACAUUCGUGAACCAGUUGUGUAUUGAAUAACAUCAUGAAACUUUUAAUUCUCAUAAUUGCUGUUUUCAGUGCAGCAGCUGCUUUAAAGGAAGAGCCAGUUGAUUAUGAAGGAAUUUUUCCAUUAAUUCUCGGUGGAGUUGAAAGCCAAUGGGGUCAAUUUCCAAGCGCUGUUCUCGUCGAUGGACCAAAUGAAUUUUGUGGUGGAAGCAUUGUCGAUGCCUCGCAUAUUUUGACAUCCGCAAAUUGCGUAUUGAAUUCGAGAUUUGAAAUUAUUAAUCCAAUCUAUUGGAGAAUUAUUGCUGGAGAUAUUUUCUUCACACCACCGACCAGCCGACGAGUCACAAGAGAAGUAACGAGAAUUUUUGUACAUAGUCAAUAUAAUCCAUUCACCGGUGCUAAUAAUGUCGCCUUAAUGAGGUUAGAUCGCCCACUUCCACUUCCUCAUAACACAAUCGAAGUAGCACGAAGACGCACAAGAGUCUCACGUAACGGACUUCAAUGUCAACUUGUUGCUUUUGGUAGAAACACUAACCUUACAACUACUGCAUACCGUCCAAGACAAAUUAAUCUAGGACAAUCAAUUAUGGACAGAGAUUUGUGCAUUAAUGCAUUCCCACAUUCAAAUCGUAUUGCAGACACAAUGAUUUGUACACAAACAAGUGCAACAGCUGCACCUUGUACCGGCAGUAUUGGAAGUGGACUUUAUUGUGAUGGAUUCUUGACAGGCGUUUUAAGUGGUGGAAAUUAUUGUAAUGCAGUUCCUGCUGUUUACCAACAAGUUCGUGCAUACAAUCAAUGGAUUGAUGAGACAAUGAGAAUAGCAAACAAUACUGAACAAGCUUUGAGUCCAUUAAAUAUGCGUGGGUUCCCACAGCCAAUUCUUGGAAAUUAAGGUGUAGAAUUUUUGAUGAAAUAAAUUGAAUAUUAAAUGAAUAUUAUGAAAUAAGAA